GUAAAUCUGAUACGAAUGUGUGUAUGACUGGAGGGCUAUAGGAAAAGGGCCCCCCAUAGUUAUAUAAAGGAUAGGUAGACAGGAAUUCCUUUUACAUCUUAGGUAAUGCUGAUCGUCUCAUAAGAAACCAUUCUACAAGAAUAUUAGGUUACUGCAGUUCAUAAAGACAUGUUGUGGGAACUGUAAUCAUCUACUGAUAACGAAAAAUAGCUCAUACCAGCAAUCAUACAAUUGGUUCAUAGGGACACCGCCCGUUGAAAACAGAGUACUGAGCAUGCGUAGAACGUGAUACUCUUAUAUAAUAGUAUGUUGCAAUGCGCGUAAUAGUAAGCGCGCACAAACAGUACUUAACUAUAACUAGUGCUGUUCAUGAGGAAAUGGCUACAAGCCAUCCAAUCAUAAUGAAGCUCAUGACUGAGCAUCCCCAGGAUGCAACAAGAUGAUGGGUGGAGUUAUGGGCAUAUAGGCAGAGGAUCUUUCCCAUUUGGUUGGGACUGUUCCACUGCUGACGAGCCGUGUGAUGUGUAUGCGCUGCCUCCUGAUGAAUCGCUGGUCCCCCGAUAUGGAGUGAUGAUGCAAUAUCCGAUGCGGCAACGGCCAUAUCCACUAUAUCCAAGUCAGAGGAUAGAGAGACUGAGUCAUGGCUGGAAGGUACAGCCGUUUGGGCUCACCAAAAAAGUAGACAUCUUGGAGAAAAGGCCACUUACAGAAUCCACUAAGACAUUGUGGCAUCGCCCUUGGUCUCCUUGGUAUCGUGUGGUUGGCAUCCUACGCAGACGGUAAUACACCCGGACACAAGCUGAGCCUGGCUGAAUCCAGAAAUUGGACGUGGGGAUGGAGAAACUAUUCUAAAACCAGGAAAUAGGACAGUGUUACAUGUGAAGCCAAUUGACUCUGCAUUUGUUCUUUGCAAACCCUACAGCAGCAACAACAGAAAGGGUUGUUCCAAACCAUGUUGUUGACGGGGAAUGAGGAAGUUUGGAGGACCGUGUUUAACUCUUUUGUAAGGGAAAAACACUGGCUGGACACCAAAGCGCCUAAAAUAAGGUGUAAUGAUACGUCCUGCACCGGUAAAUUGGUCUACUACAAUGUGACUAAAAGUAAUAUAAUGUGUAAGUUUGUAGUAUUACCAAUGUUAAUGGGCCCAGAAGGUAAUCAACAUUUUUGGGUACCUACAUUUUAUGGACAAGUAAUUGAUAGCAAUAAUAGCACACAUGAUUUAACUUUCUGUGAUGACACUCUUGAAGGUAAAAUCUGUAAGUUACAGUCUGCUGUAUAUGAGCCUUGCUUGUUACAGAACACUGUAAAUAAAUGCGAGUGGACCAUAAUGCCUACGUCAUACCGAUGGAUGGUUGAAGUAGCACCCCAGGUGAUAUGCGUAGUGACAGAUCGUCAGGUGGUCCCUAAAAUGAGGGUGCCUUUUGCAGGAUACAUACACAACAUCACGGUUAUUCAAUGGGAAAAUGAAACUUUUAUGUUAAAUCCAGAUAAUGAGCUAAGCACCAAGGUGUUAUGGCAAGACACGGCUUUAGAAGUCCCUAAUUGGGAUCUAAAUUUGACUAGACUGAAAGCAAUUACAAAUUUGAACAGGAGUAUCACGGGACACAAGCUCUUUACUAUGGUAGUGUCUGAUAAAAUAGUAAAAGUAGGAUCCGCCAUAGCGGACGCUACAUCCCAUCAUUGGUGGGACAUAUUCAUGGGGUAUUCCCCAUCAGCCAGGACUACCAUGGAUUGGGUGGUUCACCCCUUGUUGGUAGUCAUGAUAGUAGUAAUUGUACUAUCUAUUUGGAAUUGUUAUGUAGCCUACGGUAUAUGUUGUAAAAAACGAAAAAUGAUAAUGGUUUCCUAUACCAACGGUCAGCAUUAAGGACCGAAUGUGAUGUAAAUCUGAUACGAAUGUGUGUAUGACUGGAGGGCUAUAGGAAAAGGGCCCCCCAUAGUUAUAUAAAGGAUAGGUAGACAGGAAUUCCUUUUACAUCUUAGGUAAUGCUGAUCGUCUCAUAAGAAACCAUUCUACAAGAAUAUUAGGUUACUGCAGUUCAUAAAGACAUGUUGUGGGAACUGUAAUCAUCUACUGAUAACGAAAAAUAGCUCAUACCAGCAAUCAUACAAUUGGUUCAUAGGGACACCGCCCGUUGAAAACAGAGUACUGAGCAUGCGUAGAACGUGAUACUCUUAUAUAAUAGUAUGUUGCAAUGCGCGUAAUAGUAAGCGCGCACAAACAGUACUUAACUAUAACUAGUGCUGUUCAUGAGGAAAUGGCUACAAGCCAUCCAAUCAUAAUGAAGCUCAUGACUGAGCAUCCCCAGGAUGCAACAAGAUGAUGGGUGGAGUUAUGGGCAUAUAGGCAGAGGAUCUUUCCCAUUUGGUUGGGACUGUUCCACUGCUGACGAGCCGUGUGAUGUGUAUGCGCUGCCUCCUGAUGAAUCGCUGGUCCCCCGAUAUGGAGUGAUGAUGCAAUAUCCGGUAAUGUAUUGAUUCUUACUCUAUGAUUGAUUUAUCCACGAUUUCACUGUAUACUCUAGAAAACUGUAUAGUGACCUAAGUAUUCAUAUAAUAAAUCAUUAAUAACAGAGAGAAGUUGUAUGCUGUGUGUUUCCUAGUUGGGAAGCUAGUGAGAGGAAAGGUGAGGCCUUAGCAUCGCCAAAAACAUGGCAAUACAGGCCCUUGCUUCUUUAGACACAGCUAAGGCCUUCGAUUCAGUAGAAUGGCCCUACUUAUUGGCAACUCUGGAAUGUUUUGGGAUAGGCCCCGCAUUUAUUAAGUGGAUUUCAGUACAGUAUAAACACCCCUCGGCUGGUAUUCUGGUGAACGGUAUCUGCUCCGCGAACUUUGAGUCGUGGGACCAGACAGGGAUGUCCGUUGUCGCCAUUAUUAUUUGCUCUAGCGAUCGAGCCUUUGACUAUUCGAAUCAGAUCUGAUAAGCUAUACUGGGGAAUAUAUAUAGGGGAUCAAGAGGACAGAGUGGGACUAUACGCGGACGACAUGAUAUUGUUCAUGUCAGAGGUGGAAAAUACACUACCUCUAGCUACUCACCUCAUUGAAGCAUUUAGUCGGUUUUCUGGUCUCAAGAUUAACUGGACUAAAUCUGUUCUAUUUCCGCUGUACUCCUUACCCUCAUCCUCUCUGGACACGGAAUUACCUAUAGUGUCUGAGUUCAAGUAUCUGGGAAUUCACAUUACCAAAGACGCAGCAUCUUUCCACUCCCUCAACAUACAGCCUCUCUUGAAUUAUAGUGCAGACAAAUUCAGGGUUUGGAGUGGGCUUCCCCUGUCAGUCCCGGGGCGAAUUAAUUUGAUUAAACUGAUUAUUUUGCCUAAGUGGUUAUAUGUUUUAGAGCAUGCUCCCUUCCUAGUGCCUAAAAAAAUAUUUCAACGUUUUAGAUCUCUUCUUUCUCCAUUAAUAUGGGGCAAUAACAGACGUAAAUUGUCCAUUGACGUGCUGUGCAGACCUAGGGAUGAAGUUGGUAUGUCCCUGCCUGAUCUCUAUCUGUAUUAUCUGUCGGGGCAGUUGAGGCAGUUAAAGUCAUGGAUCUCCUCGGACGGUACUCUAGCUAGGGCGGAAAAGCAGUUAGCGGUGUUCUUAGAUAUCCCAUCAUUGUGGCCGGUGCUGGAACAACCAAAACUGUUUGGCCGACUGCUUCUACCUGUACACAAGCUAGCUGUCCAAGUUUGGGAGGAUGGCAAGAAACUGCAUUUUCACAUAGGGCUGACAACUGAGGUGCCUUUGUGGGAUAAUCCUAUGUUUCCUUCUCUUCGCACAGGGAUAGAUGGGCGGUUCUGGGAGAAUCAUGGGAUUGGUGUUCUGGGAGACUUAUAUUCCAGCAAUGUAUUUAACUCCUUUGAGCAAUUGAAAGAACGUCAUGAUCUCCCUAGAACAUCCUUUUUCAAAUAUCUCCAGGUACGACAUGCAAUGAGCACCCACUUUGGAAACACUGUAGUAUCUAUCUCUGACUAUCCACUGAUAGGCGUCAUACGCUCCCAAGGCCCCAAGGGAUUUAUCUCAGCUCUCUAUACCCACCUGUUGAAUACUAAAAUGCAUGGUGCUCCCCUCUUGGUUUUAUCUAAAUGGGAAACGCUGAUGCCAGGUAUUAUUAAUGAGGAUAUUAAUGAUAUAUUGGAAUCCCCUGUAUUGGUUUCCCCAUCUAUCAAUAAUAGAUUUAUUCAGCUAUGUAUUGUGCACCAAAGUUAUCUAUCACCCAUGCGGCUACAUAGGAUAGGCAAGUUGACACAUUCUAAGUGUCAUAGAUGUAACGCAGAAGGGGCAAAUUUUUGGCACCUUAUAUGGGAAUGCCCAUACAUACAAACCUUCUGGUCUGGAAUUGUAAGUUUCAUUAAUACACUCACGCAACCUUCGGUGGCAUUGACCCGACAGGUAUGCCUAUUUGGUAUAUUGGAUGAGGAAGUAUACCCUCAUCAUUGCAGAAUUUUCCUGAGAGAAACACUACAGGGAGUGCAGAAUUAUUAGGCAAGUUGUAUUUUUGAGGAUUAAUUUUAUUAUUGAACAACAACCAUGUUCUCAAUGAACCCAAAAAACUCAUUAAUAUCAAAGCUGAAUAUUUU